AUGGCGGCCACGGCGACGGCUGUGGUGGCUGAGGAGGACACGGAGCUUCGGGACCUGCUAGUGCAGACGCUGGAAAACAGCGGCGUGCUCAACCGGAUCAAGGCUGAACUCCGAGCAGCUGUGUUCCUGGCACUAGAGGAGCAAGAGAAAGUCGAGAACAAAACUCCCUUAGUCAAUGAGAGUCUGAAGAGGUUCUUAAAUACGAAAGACGGUCGUUUAGUGGCGAGUCUGGUUGCAGAGUUUCUUCAGUUUUUCCACCUUGACUUUACCUUGGCUGUUUUCCAACCUGAAACCAGCACAUUUCAAGGCCUUGAAGGUCGGGAGAAUUUAGCUCGUGACUUGGGCAUCAUUGAAGCAGAAGGCACUGUGGGCGGACCCCUGCUACUGGAGGUGAUUCGAUGUUGCCAACAGAGGAAGAAAACCCCGGCCAGCAGGGAGGGUGCACUUGAUCUGUCUGAUGUACAUUCUCCUCCAAAAUCGCCGGAAGGGAAAACAAGCUCCCACACUGUUCCAAGCAAGAUACCAAGGUAUAAAGGACAAGGUAAAAAGAAGAGAAGCGGGGAGAAGUCUGGUGAAAAGAAACCCAGUGAGACCAGCCAAAGUGAUACAAGUGUCUCCGUAUCGGAAGCCACCAGCAGGAGCAGCCGUGGCCACCUGCGGGCCCAGGAGGCCAAGAUUGGCUCGCUCUUGACCCCAAAGCCUGCUGAUGACAGUGAUAGAACUGGUCUCUGUCCCGAUGGAGACGACGGGGAGGGAGACUCUUUCUUUGAUGACCCCAUCCCUAAACCGGAAAAAACGUACGGUUGGAGAAGUGAACCCAGCAAGCCGGCAGGGAGCCUGUCCUCACUCUCGGAUGCACCGCCUUUGAAGAGUGGGCUCAGCUCCCUGGUGGGAGCCCCGUCCUUAAAAGACUCGGACAGUCAAAGGGGAAACACAGUUUUGAAAGACCUGAAAUUGGUCAGCGACAAAAUUGGCUCACUUGGAUUAGGGACUGGCGAAGAUGACGACUAUGUUGAUGAUUUUAACAGCAGCAGCCACCGCUCCGAGAAAAGUGAGAUGAGUGUUGGGGACGAGAUCGAGGAAGAGCUGUCUGCAGAUGACAUCUACACCAGCGACAAAUCGUCCAGGCUUGAAGAGCUCACGCAGGACCUCACUGUCUCCCAGCUCAGUGACGUGGCCGAUUACCUGGAGGACGUGUCCUAG